GAAAGGAUUUGAUCGGUUUCUUGGCUUGACCCAAAUAGAGUCAAGGAUCAUGACUUGAUUAUUGAUAUUAAUAUAUAAGAAAGUUCUCUAAGUUUGAAGUGUCUCCUGAGUUAUCUUCUCCAUCUACAGCACAUUUGGAGAGCUCUAAAGAGAAAAAGUCAUGGAAGUAGAGAAGAUGAGUGAGAUGAAUUCUGCUAGAAAGGAUGAUGAUGAUGAUGAUGUUCCACUUCCUGGGUUCCGGUUUCAUCCUACUGACGGAGAACUUGUAGGGUUUUAUCUUCGUCGCAAGGUUGAGAAGCGACCUCUCAGAAUCGAACUAAUCAAACAGGUUGAUAUCUACAAAUACGACCCCUGGGAUCUUCCAAAGGGUGGUAACGUGAGAGACAAGGAAUGGUACUUCUUUUGCAAAAGAGGGAGAAAAUACAGAAACAGUAUAAGACCUAAUAGAGUGACUGGCUCUGGUUCUGGGUUUUGGAAGGCAACCGGUAUCGACAGGCCGAUAUAUUCUAUUGAUACCGGUGCCGGUGCUAGUGAACAAGACCGGAGUGAAUGCAUUGGGCUCAAGAAAUCACUGGUGUACUAUCGAGGGAGCGCUGGGAAGGGGACCAAGACUGAUUGGAUGAUGCAUGAGUUUCGCCUUCCGGCCGAUCAUGAUGACAAAAGUACCAAACACAUGGAGUUGGAUGUUAAAACCAUCCCUCAAGAAGCUGAAGUUUGGACACUUUGUCGAAUAUUCAAGCGAAAUGUAUCAUACAGAAAGUGCAUACCAGAUUGGAGAGAACUAUCUGCUAAAAGAAAUCCUGCAAGUUCUAAAGCAUGCAGUACUACUGUGGAUGAGUCUGACAGUAAUGAAGAUUUCAUUAGCUUCGGGGGAGCUCCUCAGGGUAUUCGACAGAAUGAGAAAAAGCAAUUUAUCAAUGAUCAUGUCGAUGAAACGAACCUCAUGGUUGUAGACCAGUUGAGCUAUGUAUCUCAAUCUCAAGUUCAAGCUCAAGCUUCAUCCACCACUACAGCAUCGUACUCGAGCUUUCUUAGCCCUGACGCUGCGAACAACUUUGUUAAGUAUGAGGACUGGGAUGAGCUCCGAUCUGUUGUGGAGUUUGCUGUUGAUCCUUAUAUAAAUAAUCAUUAUAACGAUAAUAAUAAUAUGUAGUUUUAGUGAUUACAUACACAAACAUUAAAUAAAGAGGGGUGGGAUUAAUUAGGAAGGAGUUUGGAGAUGGUUAUAUAUAUAGAGUAUGUUUUAACUUGGGAUACGCUAGAUACCAUAUACAUUUUGAAUAUUUAACUUAAUAAUCUUUAUCAAUUUAAUUUAGUUUGGUUGAUGUUAAUUAAAUUUAAAAAUAAUGAACUUGUUGGAUUACAUCGAAGUUCAAGUCAAGCCAGGAACAAGUAUUAUUUAAGUUGAGAUGCCAGUCUUCAAGUAAAUAGAUGGUGUAUCCUAGGCCAUUCUUUAUUUUAAAACUUUAAAAUAAUGAUUUUAUUCUUCUUUGUACUCUGUUACAAUAUUUCACACUUAUUUAUUGUACUGAUGUAUUGUUGUUUUAUUAUUAUUGUUAGUUCAUAC